AUGAACCGCGGCUCCCGGGAGGAGUUGCUUGGCAGCUCCCAGGAAGCCCUGCGGAACAGUCAGCAUGACCUGCGGCAGGUGUACGAGCGACCACUCACCAAGGAGGAGAAGACCUUCCUCCUGCAUGCUGAUAGAGGAGACUAUGUCACUGUUAAGAGAUUAAUAGACCAGUACAUAUCUCAGCCAGAGGUACUGGACAUCAACUGUGUGGACCCUCUGAACAGAUCAGCGCUCAUAGCUGCCAUCGAAAAUGAGAACAUUGAACUUAUCAAACUACUGCUCAUCUCUGGAAUCAAAGUCAAGGACGCUCUUCUACACGCCAUCAAAGAAGAGUACGUGGAAGCUGUGGAGUUACUUCUGCAAUGGGAAGAAGACAAUCAUGUUCCGGGAGAACCUUACAGCUGGGAGUCCGUAGAUCCAUCAUCAGCGACCUUCACCCCGGACAUCACGCCUCUGAUCCUGGCUGCCCACAGGAAUCACUACGAGAUCCUCAAGAUCCUGCUGGACAGAGGAGCCACGUUGCCAGUGCCACACGACGUCAAAUGCGGUUGUGAUGAAUGUGUAAAGUCUUCUCAAGAGGAUUCACUCCGUCACUCUCAAGCCCGCAUCAACGCGUACAGGGCACUCUCAUCUCCCUCUCUGAUCGCUCUCUCUUCUGCCGAUCCUCUCUUAACAGCUUUCCAGCUGUCCUGGGAACUAGGUAGACUGAGCAGAAUGGAGACAGAGUUCAGAGUGGAGUAUAAGGCUCUACGCCAACAAUGCCAAGAGUUCGCCACCUCCUUACUGGACCACACAAGAACUUCCAAAGAGCUGGAGAUCAUGCUGAACUACAACCCCUGGGAUAUCGACUGCUGGGAACCUGGCGAGAGACAAACCCUCGGCAGGUUGAAACUGGCUAUCAAGUACAAGCAGAAAAUGUUCGUAGCGCAUCCAAACGUCCAGCAGUUACUCGGAGCUAUAUGGUAUGAAGGUCUACCAGGGUUUAAGAGAAAAAACAUCGUGGGACAAUGUAUACAGGUGGCCAAACUCGGCGUGAUGUUUCCAGUAUACUGCACCAUCUACAUGUUGGCACCAAACUCAGAGUACGGUCGGUUUAUGAAGAAACCGUUCGUCAAGUUUAUCUGUCAUAGCUCUUCUUAUAUGCUGUUUUUGACUCUUCUAUCACUAGCAUCUCAGCGAGCAGACUACCUGGUGUUAGAAUGGUCAGGAAUAACCUGGCUCCAGGAGCUGGUGGACCAUUGGAAGGAGAGGGAGCGAGGCUCCUUGCCCAGCAUCAUAGAAUUCAGCGUCAUCAUCUACAUAGCAAGUUUAAUCUGGGCAGAAAUAAGAUCACUAUGGACUGGCGGUAUCACAGAGUACAUCAGUGAUCUCUGGAACAUUGUGGACUUCAUCACAAACGCUUUCUACAUCGCCUGGAUCAGCUUGCGAUUUUCUUCUUGGUAUAUUGUCCAGCGAGACUACAACUCAGGAACAGACCCUUGGUAUCCUCGAGAGAGAUGGGAUUCCUAUGACCCCAUGUUGCUCUCAGAGGGAGCCUUCGCAGCCGGCAUGAUAUUUUCCUUCCUCAAGCUGGUCCAUAUCUUCUCCAUCAACCCUUAUCUUGGACCCCUUCAGGUCUCCCUCGGACGAAUGAUCCUGGAUAUCUUGAAAUUCUUUUUUGUGUACAUGCUGGUGUUAUUUGCUUUUGGAUGUGGUUUAAAUCAACUCAUGUGGUAUUAUGCUGAACUAGAGAAGAACAAAUGCUACCAUCUGCCCAAUGGAAUCCCUGACUUCGACGGUCAAGAACGAGCCUGCACUAUUUGGAGACGAUAUGCUAAUCUAUUUGAAACCUCCCAGUCUCUAUUUUGGGCGUCUUUCGGUCUAGUAGACCUGACCACCUUCGAGCUGACAGGCAUCAAGAGCUUUACCAGGUUCUGGGCACUCCUGACCUUCGGGUCAUACUCCGUGAUCAACAUCAUCGUACUCCUGAACAUGCUGAUUGCUAUGAUGUCCAACUCUUAUCAAAUUAUUUCGGAACGAUCGGACACUGAGUGGAAAUUUGCCCGUAGUAACCUAUGGAUGUCUUACUUUGAGGAUGGAGACACAGUGCCUCCUCCCUUCAAUAUCAUUCCUACGCCUAAGCACUUCAUGUGCUGGAUCAAACGAUGCUGUGCCAACAGGGAUCGGGGGUCGAUUAUUAACAAAUCCCGCGAAAAAGCCCGCCAAGAACACGAAGCCGUGAUGAGGGUGCUAGUCCGAAGAUACGUGACAGCUGAACAGCGAGCCAGAGACGAGACAGGAGUCACCGAGGAUGACGUCAUGGAGAUCAGACAGGACAUCUCCACGUUACGAUACGAGCUGAUAGAUAUUCUCCAUAACAAUGGCAUGAAAACCCCAAGGAUUAGUAUGCAAGACGCCACUGGUAAGGUUGCUGGCAAAAAGGGCAAAGUGAUGGAGAGAAGAAUCCUGAAGGACUUCCACAUUGGUAUAGUGGAAGGAAUCAUCAAAGAUGUUAUAUCCAAGGAGAACAAGCCUAAAGAUGUGUUCAGCCAAAUCGCUAAAGCUAUCGUUAGGAGAGGAAGCACGGAGGGCAAAAAACGUGACUGGAACGCCUUGGUCCGUACAAACACUGUCCGCAAGGAUCCUAUAGGCACCACUGCUGAGGCACAGACCAGGAGGAGUCGCCAGUCCCUCAGGCUGCACAUCCUUGAUAACAUCUCCUCUAGAACUAUUGACCCACAGAAGUUGUUAGAAUACAAUCCACAACUGGCAGCAGUAUCUCCAUGCACGAGGGUAGCCUACGCCAAAUUCAUGAGGAGCAAGAUCAAGUCAGAUUUCACUGAGCGAGAGAAGAAGUCUAGAAGGUCAUCUGAUUUUAGUAUAGAAGAUGAAGUCUUUGAUGCACCGAAGAAGAAGGAGAGUUGUAAGAGAUGCAGUGCUCGAUCAUUCCGCAGUAGGACACCGAUACCUGAAACUUCAGACGACGAGGGCCUGAACGAAACUGAAAUACAAGUGGAGGCCGAUGUUGAGGAUAAAGCUUCCGAAGGAGGAUCAGAACAGACACGUCCUCUAAAAUCUUCAUCACAAGAGCCGUCAGAGCCGAGCACGCCAGCUUUCGACCCAGUCGACGGCAGCCGUCUACCACCACCUACAGAAUUCCAAUCAACAGACCAUAUCAUCACCAUAGAACCGGACACUCCAACGAAGACCCUUUACAUCACGCAAGAGGAGGAUUCAAACCUUCAGAAACCCAUCACUCCUACUCCUAGCGUGCAUUCCCAGUCGGAGCAAAUCCUAUCAGCUUCAAGUUUAGAGUCACAAUACAAGAAAAUGACUUCAGAUCCUCCUAGUGUGACGAUUACUCCUGAUCCUAGUGAAACUGAGAGGACUCCUCGGAAGUCCAGCACGCCAAGGUCCGCAAGAGUUAGUCCUAGUCCAUCUCCAUCACCAUCUGCCUCUCCCGCUCCGUCUCCUUAUGGAAGAGGUAGGGGCAAGUCAAAAGCCACAGGGAAAGUAGUUUCUGGUUGGCUCUGA